AUGUACUUCUUCCUCUCCAACCUGUCUUUCUCUGAUAUCUGCUUCAUCUCAACCACAGUCCCAAAGAUGAUUGUGGACAACCUAACUCAAAACAGAGUCAUCUCCUAUGAGGACUGCCUGACACAGAUGUCUUUCUACAUCUUAUUUGUAUGUAUGGAUCACAUGCUCCUGACUGUGAUGGGUUAUGACCGGUUUGUGGCAAUCUGUUAUCCACUACAUUACCACACCAUUAUGAACUCUUGCUCCUCUGUCUCCUUACUCUUGGUGUCUUUUUUAGUUAGUGUUUUGGACUCACAGACACACAAGAUGAUUGCCUUACAAAUUAUGUGCUUCAAGGAUGUGGAAAUUGCUAAUUUCUUCUGUGAGCCUUCUCAAAUCUUUAAUGAUACCUGUUCAGAUCCCUUUACCAAUACUUAUAAAAUUCUUUCUUCCAUUCUGAAAGUUCCAUCAUCAGGUGGAAGGCAUAAAGCCUUCUCUACCUGUGGAUCUCACCUGUCAGUUGUUUGCUUAUUUUACGGAACAGGCAUUGGAGUGUAUUUCGGUUCAGCCAUGUUACAAUCUCCCGGGAAGUGUAUGGUGGCCUCACUGAUGUACACUGUGGUCACUCCUAUGUUGAAUCCCUUUAUGUACAGCCUGCGGAACAGGGACAUGCAUAGUGCCCUAAAGAGACUCUGCAGAAUAGCACUCUGA